AGGUCCCAGGGGGCGGCUGCUGCCCGUCUCCCCGAGACCCAGGGCCCCGAGCGCUGAGCCCCUUGUUCUCCCGGCUGCGGUGGGAUCGGGCAGCUGCUCAACCUCCGCUGCUCCCGGCCUUGCGGGCCCUGCGGAGCAUGUCGGAGGAGAGCGAUAUGGAGAAAGCCAUCAAGGAAAGCUCCAUUUUAGAAGAAUACAAUAUCAAUUGGACUCAGAAGCUGGGAGCUGGAAUUAGUGGUCCAGUUAGAGUCUGUGUGAAGAAAUCAACCCAAGAACGGUUUGCACUGAAAAUUCUUUUUGAUCGUCCAAAAGCUAGAAAUGAGGUACGUCUGCACAUGAUGUGUGCCAUACACCCGAAUAUAGUUCAAAUUAUUGAAGUGUUUGCUAACAGUGUACAGUUUCCUCAUGAGUCCAGCCCCAGGGCUCGGCUCUUAAUUGUAAUGGAGAUGAUGGAAGGGGGAGAGCUAUUUCACAGAAUCAGCCAGCACCGGCACUUUACAGAGAAGCAAGCCAGCCAAGUAACAAAGCAGAUAGCUCUGGCUCUGCAGCACUGUCACUUGUUGAACAUCGCCCACAGAGACCUCAAGCCUGAAAACCUGCUCUUCAAGGAUAACUCUUUGGAUGCCCCAGUGAAGUUGUGUGACUUUGGAUUUGCCAAAAUUGACCAAGGUGACUUGAUGACGCCUCAGUUCACCCCAUAUUAUGUAGCACCUCAGGUACUGGAAGCCCAGAGAAGGCAUCAGAAGGAGAAAUCUGGCAUCAUACCUACCUCGCCAACACCCUACACUUAUAACAAGAGCUGUGACUUGUGGUCCCUAGGGGUGAUUAUCUAUGUGAUGUUGUGCGGAUACCCUCCUUUUUACUCCAAACACCAUAGCCGGACUAUCCCAAAGGAUAUGCGGAGAAAAAUCAUGACUGGCAGUUUUGAAUUCCCGGAGGAAGAGUGGAGCCAGAUCUCCGAGAUGGCCAAAGAUGUUGUGAGAAAGCUCUUGAAGGUCAAACCAGAGGAAAGGCUUACCAUCGAGGGAGUGCUGGAUCACCCCUGGCUCAACUCAACUGAGGCCCUGGAUAAUGUGCUACCCUCUGCUCAACUGAUGAUGGAUAAGGCGGUGGUUGCAGGGAUCCAGCAGGCUCACGCAGAACAGUUGGCCAACAUGCGGAUCCAGGAACUAAAAGUCAGCCUCAAACCCUUGCACUCUGUGAACAACCCCAUUCUAAGGAAGAGGAAAUUACUCGGCACCAAGCCAAAGGAUGGUGUAUACAUCCAUGACCGUGAAAAUGGAGCCGAGGAUUCAAAUGUUGCCUUGGAAAAGCUCCGAGACGUGAUUGCUCAGUGUAUUCUUCCCCAGGCUGGAGAGAAUGAAGAUGAAAAGCUGAAUGAAGUAGUGCAGGAAGCUUGGAAGUAUAACCGGGAAUGCAAACUCCUGAGAGAUACUCUGCAAAGCUUCAGCUGGAAUGGUCGUGGAUUCACCGAUAAAGUAGAUCGAUUAAAACUGGCUGAAAUUGUGAAGCAAGUGAUAGAAGAGCAAACCACUUCCCACGAAUCCCAAUAAUGACAGCUUCAGACUUUGUUUUUUUAAAAAUUUGAAAAUUUAUUCAUUAAUGUAUAAUUUUUAUGUAAAUUAAUAAAUCAUAAUUUCAUUUCCA